AUAAACUAAACAAUAGAGCCAUGUCAACCGACGAUUAGGUGACCAUAUACUAAUAGAAAUCAGUUUGUCGGUGGAAUUCGAACUGUAAGCAUUCAACAUGAGCGGAGACGAGAUUGAUCUGUCCAACAGGGAUCCCAAUGGAUUGAACGCUCAUCUUGGGACUCUUCAUUUCAAUGAUGUCCUAGGAGAGCCUGACGGUACCCACAGUAUUGACUUCGUCUGGAAAUGUUCUCACCUCUGCUUCAAUCUGUGGAAAGGACUGUGCUACAAGAUCCUCACUCUGUGCUUUGGGUGCUGCAUCGCUGCUGAAUGGGGCUGCGAGUUCGCCAUCAUUGCCUUUUACCACGUCUGGUAUAUUACUCCUUGUCUGAAGAUUCUGGAGAUCAACUGCGGUCUCUGCCAAAGAAUCUACACCAACUGUGCGAACUGCUGUGUCGUACCCUGCUGUGAAGCCUUUGGUGGAUUGUUCCAUCAUUUCAAGAAAUGAGGACUUCAUCAUUUUUAUUAGCGUUAAAUGCACCUUUGACUUUGCAUAUAAAGACUUCUUUUAGAUCCUUUGUAACAUAAAUUUAAAACAUUGCAUCUUUUUCUUUUGUUUGAAAGAAAGACUAGCACAAAAUGUUUUAGAUUUAUAGACUAUUGAUUUGAAUCAACUUUUU